CUAUCAAAACCAUUCCAUCCCGCGUCUGUAUCACGUGACCCACCGGGCACGUACAACAAACGUAAACCCGUAAACCGUGAAUGAAAAUGGCAGUGUAGUAAAACCAUUGCAGAACAAUGGCUGUGCAGGAAACGUGAUCAGCCUCUUGGAGGCGCUAAUUACAAAUCGUAUAGUGUCUAGUGUGUGAACGAGACCAAGUCAAGAUGAAGAAGUCCAGAAGCAAGACCCCACCUGGCCUACCCGUCGCUGGGCCUAGUAAUGAUGGCAAAGGUGAACCAAGUAAUCGAGGGAGGAAACUGGACUUUCCUGCAAAGAAGCCUCUGGAAGGGAAAAAGUUUUACUUGGAGCUAACGGGGCCAAGACGCAAACAUCAGUUCACCAAACUCAAAGCUGAUGUAGAAGAAUUGGGAGGGGUUGUGGAGCCGUUUUUAUCCAAGGAGCUAGCGUGUGUGAUAUCAGACAGGAUGGAAGCAAAGGAUGUAGAGAAGAUAUCUAAGGGUGUGCCGUCUGGUACCAGCCCUGCCGUAUCAACCCCAAGUCCAUUUCAUCAGGGCAGAGAUACUACACCUGGUGCUGCUGAUUCUCCAAGCAAUAUCACUAAAGAUUCAAGAAUAGUCACCAGGGGAAAAGCCAUUGUUCAAAAAGCAACAAAAUCUCAGAUGUAUGGUACAACGGAUGUGCUGACCAAUGCAAAGAACUGGAAUAUUCCUGUCAAGCACUUGGAUGUGCUAUUGAAGUACCUCUGUCGUGAGAAAGAGAAAUUGAAACUCAGUGGAAAGGACAAGAAGAAGAGCAACAAGGAGAAGACUGGCAUCAAGGCAAAAGAGAGGCAGUUGACCAAGCCAUAUCUCAAGGCCGAAGAUACGUCAAGACGUUUCCGGCCAAUCACCAAGGAGUUUGGCACAUGGCCUCGUAUCCUGCUGGACACGAGGAAAGGAACCUGUCCCUAUGACCCUAAGACCCGUAACGAGAGCCAUGUUCAGGGAGCUGAGAGAACACAGGAUCGACCCGAUGCAAGCCAGAGAACACCAGAUGUUAGGCAGAAAGAGUUGAGUAGAAGUCAGUCCCUGAGCAAGAAGGCCAUAAGUAAAGCAGCCAAACAGAGGGAGGCAACUACGUCCAAAAGUAAAGUUGCAAAGAAGGGCUUCUGUGAAUUCUGCAGUGUCAAGUACAGCAAUUUGGAAAAGCAUCUUGAAACUGAGCAACAUAAGAAGUUUGUUGGUGAGAAGAACAACUACACUAGCUUGGACACCAUGAUUGCACAGGGACCUAACAUAGUGAGAUUCCUGGAAGACUGUGUCAGGUUUCAGAAUGUAGACUCUCAGUCCAGCACACCAGAUGAUGAUGCUGAGGACUCUGGCACUGAGGAUGAGGUACUGCUUCUAACAGAACCAAAGACACCUACAAAGGCCAAGCGAAAGGACACCAAGAAAGCCAAGAGGAAGAAGGAUCCGUCGGGUUCAAGUAGAAGGAGGAGCCUCGGCAGGAGUCCAAGGAAGAGCUUAGGCAAUGGAACUUCUGCAGAAAGACCAAUCCAUGGAGAUGAUCCCGGACAGAGGAACCUAGAGGAAGAUCUCGAGAGAGUUGUAAGCAAUAACGGUGUUAAAGAAAAGACAUUCCUGCAAGAUGCCUGUAAACAGAGAAUCUUGGAUCACCCUGCAGACGAGGCUCCUGUGGAAGGAGGUGGCGAUGUUGCAGGAGUAGAUGAUGUAGUACGUCCAGGAGAGAACAGGAACUCUGGGUUAGAGGAUAGACUAAGUGGUGGGGAUGGUGAUGUCAUGAAAGAUCUUAACUCUCCAGAGAUUUCCGCAGGUGCAUCCAAGUUCAGCAGUCCUGGAGUGUCUGACGGUAGAAGGGGAAAGGGCAAGAAGAGGAGGAGUGGCGGAAGAAGAAGUCUUUCACUCCAGCUCAGGGAAAAUAGAACUUUACCAGUGGCACCACAGAGUGCACCUCCUGUAGGGGAUGGAGUUGUCCAAGAGGCUCAAGAAGCUUGUACAGUUCUUAGGGGUAUUGCGGGUGAAGAGGAACCCAUUAGGCAAGAAGGGGAGGAGGUUGUAAUCAUGAGGAUAAGAAGAGAGGACACUCUACAAGAGGUUCAAGAGGUGAGGGUGGAAGGAAUUGGAACGGUAGGAGAAGAUAUCCAACCGCAAUCCAUACAGCCUGAUCUUCUUGAAGUGGCUAAUGGUGAAAGUGUAAAUGGAAAUGUUCACAGGACAGUAGAAGAUAUUGUGUCUUCAGUUGGGACACCUGAUAGAAGAAGUGCCAAACAGGGUUCCCAGGUGAUCACCAGUCCAGGAUCUGCAAAGCAGUCGAGGACAAACAAGAGGAAAAGAUUAAGUGCUGGAGAGGCAGACUCGGAUGAUGUGUUCACAAGCAAUCCAACAGCAUCCCAUGUUGACGAUCAGUUGCUUACAAAAGCAAGAUCUGGGAUGGGAGAAGCCAGAAACUCUGAAAGACAGAAGAGGAAAUCUCGUAGGAGUCACGCAGAUGCUCCCCCUCAGAAAGUAAGAGGAAGGAGUGUGCGAGCAGACGGUAAAAAUGGACAGUCAGUAGAGGAUCAUGUGGAUACCGCUGGUAGUCCGUGCAUCAGGGAAGCCCAGCCAAGGGUUCCUGCUACUCACGGUGGUGAUCAACAUUCUAGUGAUGACUUCCAGCAGGUGAACACUCCAGCUUCAGGAAGUGUCAAAAGCUCAGGGAGAAAGAAUAAGAGGGCAAGGGGAAACAGAGAUCUUGCGAGUGCAAGUCCAGAAAGUGUGACAAGAGGGCCCACACAGAAAAAAUCCAUGAGAAAUCAAGCCAGUACUAGUCAAUUAUCCACAGCUGAAAGCAAUAACUCUGAAACAGACUUUCAAACAUCCCACCCAAGCAAUAGCAAUAGCAAAAGUAAAAAGAACACGUCAAGCAGUGCAAAGAAGGGCAAAGACACUGUCUCCAAAACAAAGCCAAAAGCAUGUGAAAACGGUAAAGAACCUACCAAUGUUGAAGUUACCAAUUUAGGAGAAGCUACAUGUUCUGUCUUGCCCUCAGGUAACUCCCAAGAAGAAACUGGAGAAAAUGUUGCCAAUAAAAGCAAAAACCAGAAAUGCCCUGAAGAAAGGGUACUACCUACAAAUGGUGAGACAAAUCCUCAAGGAGAUUUACAGAGAAAUGGGAAUGUGAACAGUCAAGCUGAGCAGUCCUUAGAGUUGGUCUUCAGAAGCGAUCUGGGAGCAGAGGAGUCCAGUUUCCUAGGCUUCUCUCAGGAUGAUAUCAAUGAAACAGCCAAUCGCAGUGAAGUCUUCCAGCAGCAGAACUUGGAUAAGGCUGCCCUCAGCGUGUACUGCAUCCCAUCCUCUGAUCCUUGUCCUGAUGAUGACAGAAGCUCCACUGGAAGCAAUGACUUCACCAUCGGCCUGGUGCUGCAGAGGGUGGACAACUUCCCUUCCGAGGGUUCAGAAUGGGAAGAGCAGGUCACCGGGUUCAUGAAGAGACUGGAUACGCAACUAGAAGUUAAGAGGAGACGAGAAUCCGAGCUUAGUACGCUACCAUCACCGUACUUCCAGAAGACUGGCUUUGGCUUUGAGAAGGAGAAUCAAAAACUCUUGCCAGGAGUAGUGGAAGACUUUGGACCAGAGAAUUUAUCGGAUGAUGAUGAUGAUGCGCAAGUCUUCCAGGAAGCCAAUGAAAAUGUUGAAAACCAUGAAAAAGACAAAAAAUCAAAUACUAGACGGCGAAGUGCGAGGAUUCAUGAUUCUUCCAAUUCUCGGUCAGCAGAGAGCCUUUCAUACUCUGGACUGUGUGUGUCCCCAUCUAUUGCAUCUAAGAAGAAAAGAAAUGUUUCUCUGUCAAAGAAGGGAAUUGCUUCAGGGGAUAAGCCUGCAGAAACAAAUGCACCAAAUGCUUUGCGAGAGUUGUCGCCUAACCAACUGAGGAAUUCUCCACAAAAAAAUGCAGAGACCAUACAUUUUAGUACUCCAAAACGCAUCAAAAGGAACUUGAUGAACACCCAACAGAGUCCAAGCGUGAAGCAUAUUGUGUUGCCAGCUGGAACUCCUGUCGAGGAGCAAGAUGAAAUUUCAAACAAUUACGUGCAUGAUGAUUCUGAGUCUGAAGUCAUCUUCCCCAAAUUUUCAAGCCCUGCUCAGAAGGGAUCCAUAUUUUCCCCUGUGAAGCACAGAGUAAAGCAGAAGCAGUUUAGGUCUAGGCAUCGCUCUGUACCUUGCUUAGGUCAUCGCGAUGUCCAGUCCUCCCCUCUUCGCCCGAGCAACCGACGUGACCUCAUCUCGUUCGCCUUUCCACCUUCAUCCAGGAAGUCGUUGUUCAUGAAAGGACGCGUGAAGCGCAUCAACUUCUCGUCCCCUCGGAAGCGAUCUAAAUCAGCGUCGUCGCCUCCCUCAAAAUCCUCCCAAUUCUUGACCUUCCUCAAUGAGCUCAGAGCUGGUCUCUCGCCAACGUUCUACACCUUCAAGAAGCCGCACUUCUCGUUGCGCAUCCUUCAGCCUUCCGCGGUGGGGCGCCACCACCAUUGCCGCUCCAAGAUGUCCAGGUCUCUCCUUGCUCUCAACCUCUGCCUCCCUUCAGAUGCCGAGCUCCGCAUCUACGAGUUUCACGACGAUGACAGCGUGGACGAUGAGGACCUUGUCCUUAGUCCCAUCAACACCGACUCCGAGAAAAAAGAACGCAAUGAUCAGUGCACUCAGACUCCACCAUCGACUCGCAAGAAACGCAAGCUAAGGUCCCGUAGCCUCUCGAGUCCUAACCUUAAAGGCAAGGUGAAGAAUGUGAAGGAAGUUGAACAUGACAGCGGAAGGAAAGGAAAGAGAAGUGUGAAGGUGCAGGCUAGUAGUCCAGACAUUGAUUCAAUCUUUGAUAUGCCACCAGGGUACUAUUUGUAGUGACUGUACAAUCUUUCUUUUUACACUUGCUGGGGGGCGUUUCACAAAAUUUGUCAUCAGUGACAAAUGACAGUUUUUGUUAAAAGCUGCUGAU